UCCAGGAUGGACACGAUCAUGCUCACUGGUGGUCUCCUCUGCCUGCUGGUGGGACAGGCUCUCUCCACCUGUGAUCUCACAGACUACACAAUCUAUGUGGAGAAACCCGAGUGUGACUUCUGUGUGGCCAUCAACACUACCAUCUGCAUGGGCUUCUGCCGCUCCAGGGACACCAACGUGAUGGGGCUGGCGGGGACGCUCUUCCUGGUGCAGCGGAGCUGCACCUACCAGUCACUGGAGUACCGCACGGCCGUGCUGCCGGGCUGCCCGCUCCACGUGGACCCGCUCUUCUCCUACCCGGUGGCCCUGCGCUGCAACUGCAGCACCUGCGACACCGACAGGAGCGAGUGCACCCACAAGGCCGUCGCCGACGGCGCCCGCUGCUCCAAACCGCUGCGCCACAUCUACCCAUACCCGGGCGAGAGCAACCACAUCCAGUCCCACUGA